AUGGAAAACGCAAAAAAAAUUGUGAACUCAGACUGUGACUCAGAAAUAAUGCAUCAUAUCAACGACGCUCCUCAUUCCUCUCGACGUGGUCCAAAUGAGGUAUCGGUUUCCGGACACGUGGUGCGCGCAGAUGUUCAGGCUGAUGGUGAAAACCAAGGAUUGUCCUGGAUCCUACGAAAUGAUGACAGCAACAAAGUUCCGAAAAAGAGUGUAUUCUACUCUUCGAUGGGGGGUCUACUAUUGUCUAUACGACCGGCACCAAAAGUGUUGGACUACACACAAGAGAAGAAAAAAAUGAGAGAGCACAAUGUGUUAUCAAAAUUCGCCAAGCACAUCGGUUCACAGAUCCACUCAGCUAUAAGCGGCAUCAUAGUCAACAAAAACACAACGUUACGUUGGUCGCUUAAUGCUGCCUUUCUUACAGCUGUUAUAGCAUCAAUGCUGUUGCAUCCCCUGGACGUGUUCAAGGUUCGUCUGCAGAUGUACCCGGAGGUCUGGGGGAUUAGUUUAUUGCGCAACAUGUUGCGGUGUGAAGGCAUCCGUGCGCCGUUCACCGGAUUGAGUGCGAGCAUUCUUCGCCAAACCACCUACACAGCUACCAGACUUGGAACCUACUACUGCAUGUACGAACAUCAGAAGAGAAAAUACAACCGUGCCCCGAGUUUUCCGGAGAAAUUAACUAUAGGUAUGUAUGCUGGACUAUUGGGCGCAUUUGUGGGCUGUCCCUCAGAGAUAGUCCUCGUUCGCAUGAUGGCAGAUGGUCCAGUGGAUCCUUUCAGACGGUACAGAGGACUUAUGGAUGCUUUUGUCAAGAUAUGGAAGUCGGAGGGAUUCAAUACAUUCUGGCGCGGUGGUAUGCUCACAAUGUCUCGGUCAGUCGUCAUCAGUGUAGCACAAAUUGGAACUUACGCCCAGGCUCGAAGUUAUUUAGUGGAACAAAGGAAAGCCCACGGUUUCCUUCUCCACAUCUAUACAUCGAUGUUGGCCAGUCUGGUGACUGCGAUAGUGACAUUACCAUUGGAUACCUUCAAGACGAGGUACCAGGUAGCGACUAACGAAAGUCAUCGAGAUGUGUACCAGAAGUUCAAACAAGAGACUGGAAUGUUGGGACUUUGGAGAGGGUUCACACCGUACUACGUAAGGCUCACAAUACACACACUAAUCACAUUCUACUUACUGGAAGUGUUAUUCAAGGUACAUCGAAAACAAAGAAGGCUACGAAAACGAGCACAAUCAAAGUAA